AUGGCAACUCAAACCAACCAACAGAUAUUCUCGGGUGGAUUUGCAAAGGUCUUGGAAGAACAAUGGCAAGUUGACGUACGGCUCAAGGCGGGUGUGGACAACGAUGACGAUUCAGCUAUAUCCGUCCACAAACUUAUUCUGGCAUCAAGAUCGGAGGUAUUUAAGAAGAUGCUGGAAUCGGACGAGGUUAAGACUUUGGCUGAGCAGGUCGAGACAGUCACUCUAUCAGAGAUGAAAAAAGAAGAGUUAGAAACUUUUGUUGAAUUUAUGUAUAGUGAUGGUACUAUGCUUUCUCCGAAAGCUAAGCAGCAUGUUCGGUCACUCUAUCUUGCCGCUGACAAAUACGAAAUCCCUCAUCUACGUGAUCUGUGCAGAAACGAAAUGAUAUCUUCUCUGGAUAUUUCGAAUGCUCUUGACUUCCUUGAGCUUGCUCAGAUACCUUUCGACAAUGGCCUCAAUGAAGCCGCUUUCAGUUAUGUCAAAAAGAAUAUAUCUACCAUAGCUAGCUCGGAGGUCUUCAAAUUAUUCGUAGCCAGUAACCCAAAUCUUGCCUGGGAGAUAAUGAAGGCUUCUGUUUCGAAGACAAGCAACAGUUACUUCAAGGCUUGUAGAAACUGUGGUAGCGACUGUUUUUACUGUUAGGGGCUGAUCUAGAACUGGAUUUAAUCGGGGGCACAUAACAUUUUUUACUAUAUUUUAUAAUUCAAUAGGGGGCACUGUCAUUGAUUAAGCUUAAUUACUCAAAGAAAUUGAAUAAUUAGAUGGGGGCACAUCCGCCUGUACGGGUCUUACUACGUCCGCCACUGUUUACUGCAGAUGAAGUCUUUCGUUACCACAGUAGGAAUCACGGUUACAUGUCAAGAAAAAGAAAAGAAGACUGUUAACAUGAUUGCACACGCGACGUCUUUAUUUUCCCAAUAAUCGCCUGAAAUGCGAUUGAUCUGUUUUUAAUGAGCUCAAUAUGCCAAAUCAUAUUAUUUGUAUUUACUUAAAUAAGAUUGUGUGUCUAGAGUUUUCUUUGGUCCUAUUUUGUGGUCAGUUUUGAUUUACGACUAGAUUGAAGUAAUCUAUUAUA